CAUCAGAGGCCACACUGGAGCAGUUUGCUUGGUCUGCACAGUGUUUUUGUUUUGUUUAAUAUUGUGUUAGUUGCCAUCGUUUACAAAUUAUAAAACAAUGUAGAUAGCCAGAUUCCUCGCUUCUCUGAUGUAACAGUCUCAGGCCUAAAUUCCCCAAUUAUAUCAUUAGGGGUAGGAGCCCCUUUUAGAUGGGGUGCAAGCUCUUACUAUGACCAGCUUGUUCCCGUUUUAAAACAGAAAAUCCUGCAUCCCCAGCCCCCUCAGUCCCGGGCAAAUCAGGAUGGUCAGUUGGUGACAGCCCUCACUGGGGACAGUCCUCACACUCCCAACCUUCCCCACUCAUUAGAUUAUUUAUUUGGUCCUUUUUGAGUUUAGGACUCUUAAAAGAUAUUUUUCAGAAAAAAAGAUAAGAUCAUGACUCUCGUAAGGAUAUAAAAAUGAACAUGUGUUAAAAAGAUUUUAUUUCACUCAUAAUGAGGGUGCCAGAAGAUGUUAUAAUUGGCACAAAAGAAAAACCCAGGGAGGGGAGAAUGGGGGGUUAUUGUUUAAUGGGUACAGAGGUGCAGCUUGAGAAGAUGAAAAGGUUCUGGAGGUGGAUGGUAAUGAUGGCGGCACACCAACACGAAGGUAGUUGAUGCCACUGAACUGCGUACUUUAAAAUGGUUAAACGUUAAAUUUUAUGUUACAUAUAUUUUACCACAGUUUUGAAAAGAGAGAAUACAAAGAACGUCCCCAUUUGUAAGUUAGGCAUAUUGAGGCAAAACUGAUUGGGAGGGAAGACUAUUGAAACUCUGUCAGUUCAUGGACAUAUUUUAUAUGACUUACCAGUUACUUACCACUUCAUGGAAUUCAAGCUCAGUGAAAGACAAGAAUCAGAUAACUUGGAGGGGUGUCCUCUGGGCAACGCACAGUUCUCCAGAGAAACACAUUUUUUCCCCUACAGUCUGCCCUGCUGGGAUCAAAAAUAGUCUCAAAGAAAGAUUAUUCUUGAUCACGAAAUAGGGUUGGUCUCCUUAGAUUUGAUCUGAUAAUCUAUAUACAUAAUUUACUGUAUAGGCCUUGUUACGUUCACUUUGGCUGCAAGUUUUCAUAGGGAUCUUGGAUUGGACUUUUAAAAUCCUUCUAUUAUUUACUGUUCUGAGAUUAGGAAGCCGAGCCAAGAAGCUGUCUCCACUAGGCUUUACCUGCUGUGCCUAUAAAUUUAGGCAAACUUCUCUCUUCUUGAGGUCCCCAAAUAUCCUAAGUUUCCUGGACCUGCCAGGGAGUGACCUUCCUGAUUUGUGUGUAAGGGAACACAGUAAGCCGGUUUUAUUAGGUGGGUUUUGUAUUGGCUGUCAACCUUAAUUCCUUAAAAGUGGCAGCAAUAGCUGAUUAAAUGAGCAUCAUUGUCAAGUACGACAUUCCAGGCAAGGCCUUGGUUGUAAAACCAAGUUUUCUAAUAUGUUCUGGUUAAAAAAAAAGAAAAAAAUUCCUAUUGAACUUUUGCAAAUAACCAUAUUUUAUAAAAAGCAAGAAGACUCAAAAACAGUUUCUGAAUUCCGAGGAGUCAGGCAGGGAGAAUAAGGUAUUUACAAAUGUUUCAGUUUACAAAAACAGGGUCUCCUAAAUUGUUAUGGGUUACAGACAACUUAAGAAGAAAGAGAAAGGGCUUUCUUAUAUAUUCAGAAGAUUGAACACUAUAACAACAUCAGUAAUAUUCCAAACGUGACAGUCAUUCCUUAUCAGUUCUUUCAGUCCUAAGUGAUUAAUUCUUGUUCUGCUGAAUCUUGGGUUCACAACCACAUAAUCUGGUCAGCUUCUUUGCUGAAGAGUUUUGGAAAUCCUGACUCAGUCCACUGGUAUGUUCUUAAAGAUAUCUGAGUGAUGUCAUCAGGAGUCCGUACCCACGAGUAUGUACCUGGUCCUGUGCUUUUCUGAGACAGUUCUUGUUUGCUGAAGGUAAAACCUUUGGCCUAUAGCUGACUGCACAGCCUUUAGGGAGCAUCAGAGUAGAACAAAAACUAUCUGUAAGGGACAGAGACCUAAAGAGGUAUGGAUUAACUUAUUAAUGAUAAUUUUCAAAAGUGAAUGAUAUGAUGAGAAUUCAUGACAAGAAAAAUGCAGCUAACAAGGAAGUCUGAUUAUUCCUGAGGUAUGUAAAACAAAAUAAAGCCAAUCCAAAAAAAAAAUUAGACAAUGUCUAAAAACACACUAAGGCUAAUUUCAAAGAAGACAGUGAACAUUAUAUCUGAUUCAUAAAAAUGAUGAGCAUAAUUUUUAUAGAGGAAAAAAUCUUGAGAUAUAUAAAAACCCCAAUACAUAAUUUACAUAAUAUACAAGGAGAUACCAAGAAUGUUGACUGAAGAGAUUUAGUAAGUCUGGAGUAAGUCCUAAACAUCUAUGUUUUAAUAAAACUCCAUAGGAAAGUCUGAUGUACAUCCCCAGUUGAAAACCACUGACCUAGAAGAUGCUAGAUUCAAAUUAAAGAAGUAAGGUUGCAGCCAGGUAACAUUUAAAAUCAUAGCUGAAAUCAUGACUGGUAACAUUCUACUGUUAUCACCAGGCAAAGCACCACCAGGGUGCUGAUGCAUAGAAACAGAUCAUAGACCAAGAGGGCAUUGAGAAACCUUUAGAACUUUCUCACACAGCAAACAACUUCUGAGACACUUAUGUAAGUGAAAUAUUCUACUACUCUUUUUUUCCCAUAAUAAACAAAAAUAGAUCUCAUUACCAUAUAUGUUCAAAGUUGUAUCUCUCUGCCACUAUUGUUCCUGGUAGAGUCUUAUUCGUAUACAUUAAUUAUACCCUUUAACCAAAGUAACUUAUAUUUCAGAGAAAAUGAGGGGCAGGGAGAGUGGAUCACUGUAAACAGCCUGUCCCACUCCAGCAUUUUAGAAGAGCUCAGGAAGGCACAACUCUCCACAGGCACACACGUCACUUACACACUUGUUAAAGUGUGACUCCAACCACUGUGUUCUCCCACAUCUCCCAGGUUUAAGACAGAUCCGGAUUGAAAUCCUCUCACCACUGUGUGCCUUGUGUAGUUAACUUCUCUGGGACUCAGUUCCCUCGUGGGUGAAAGUCAGGUGGGUUCUUGAAGGCAAAAGUGAUCUGUGAACAUCCUUGACCUUCCGUGGCUGAUGGAGGGCGCACGAUAAGUGUUCCUUUACUUCCUUCCUGAUGCAUGGAGGUUUGGACUCCUAACAGACACCGAACGUCAGUGUAGUUCCUACCAUAGGCACGCUAUCGUGUUACACUGUGAGGCCUACGAAGAUGAUUAAGACACGGUCCUACUUUCUCGGAAUUAAGGCUCCCGCUGGAGAGAGGGCAUGUUCUCUCAUUAUCACAUUUGCUGCUUCCACCUGUACCCAAGGAGGGCUUUUAAGCAGAAGUGAAGAAAGCAGACGGUCCUGGAGCAGGACACCAGAGGGUGGGCUGGCCCUGAGCUUUGGAUUCCUUGUUUGUACCGUGAGGAUACUUGUAACACCUACCUCGUCAGGUCGUUGUGAGGAUUAAAGAUUGUCUCGAGAUGCAGCAGGUACCGCGGCUUCAUCCUGCUGAUCACUUUCCUCAUCUACACCUGUUAUCACAUGUCCAGGAAGCCCAUCAGUGUCGUCAAGAGCCGUCUGCACCACAACUGCUCAGAGAUGAUCCAGCCCAUCGGCGACACCCACAGGCUCAACGACACCACGUGGUGCAACUGGGCCCCGUUUGACCAGAGCAACUACAAGGAACUCCUGGGGGCAGUGGACAACGCCUUCCUCGUGGCCUAUGCCAUCGGCAUGUUUAUCAGUGGCAUUUUUGGGGAGCGGCUCCCCCUCCGUUACUACCUUACAGCCGGAAUGCUGCUCAGCGGCCUUUUCACCUCGCUCUUUGGCCUGGGGUAUUUCUGGAACAUCCACGCGCUCUGGUACUUUGUUCUUAUCCAGAUCUGCAACGGACUCGUCCAGACCACGGGCUGGCCCUCCGUGGUGACCUGUGUGGGCAACUGGUUCGGGAAGGGGAAGCGGGGGCUCAUCAUGGGCAUCUGGAAUUCCCACACAUCCGUGGGCAACAUCCUGGGCUCCCUGAUCGCCGGCGUCUGGGUGGAUGAGCAGUGGGGCCUGUCCUUUGUGGUGCCCGGCAUCAUCACUGCCGUCAUGGGCCUCGUCACCUUCUUCUUCUUAAUUGAAUACCCAGAGGACGUGGACUGCUCACCCCCUCAGCACCAUGGUGAGCUGGAAGAGAACGGGGACAACGCUGAGGACCCUGGCAAUGGACCCCACUCUAACAGAGGGAACGGCCGGGAGUCUGCUGUCACCUUGUCCAAGGAGCCAAGUGCUCAGCCUGCUGCCAUCAGCUUUUUUGGGGCGCUCUGGAUCCCGGGUGUGGUCGAGUUCUCCUUGUGUCUGCUGUUUGCCAAGCUGGUCAGUUACACCUUCCUCUACUGGCUGCCCCUCUACAUCUUCAAUGUGGUUCACUUUACUGCCAAGGAGUCUGGGGACCUGUCCACGCUCUUCGAUGUUGGUGGCAUCGCAGGCGGCAUCCUGGCGGGGCUCAUCUCUGACUACACCAACGGCAGGGCCACCACCUGUUGCGUCAUGCUGAUCUUGGCUGCCCCCACGAUGUUCCUGUACAACUACGUUGGCCAGAGUGGGAUCAGCAUCUCCAUAGUAAUGCUGCUCACCUGUGGAGCCCUGGUCAACGGCCCUUAUGCCCUCAUCACCACUGCCGUCUCGGCUGACCUGGGGACUCACAAGAGCCUGAAGGGCAACGCAAAGGCGCUCUCCACCGUCACGGCCAUCAUCGACGGCACUGGAUCCAUAGGUGCGGCUCUGGGGCCUCUGCUGGCCGGGCUCAUUUCCCCCACAGGCUGGAACAACGUCUUCUACAUGCUCAUCACUGCCGACAUCCUGGCUUGCUUGCUCCUCUGCCGGUUGGUGUACAAAGAGAUCCUGGGCUGGCGGUCAUCCCUGAGUAGAGACAGAGGCUCUAGUGUGGCCCUAACCCACGCGCGGUAGUAUUUUCCUCAAGUCCCGUGACUUUUGUAUAGAGAAAUGUGAGGACCCGAUCGCAGCAGAAACUUGGAGGGCCCUCGCCGGGUCCCACAGUGCACCCCCCCAGGAGGCCGAGGCAAAGCCUCCGGGCCCAGCACCAGCCAGCGCAGCCCACGAGGCUUCCACGGGCUAGGAGACUCUCCACCGGAAGGGGACCACCAAGCUUGAGGCCACGGAAGACUCAAGGGCCUUGUUGGAGGACGGAGGGGACGCAAAGUGCCCACUGAACUAAGGCACCUUGAGACCAAGAAAUGAGGGGGCAGCUUCAUGCGAUCAAGACCAGUUUAGUAUAGGGUCACUUACGGGGUGGGUUGGGGCUCGGGCUCAGGUGGACGGCAGUCUGGGAGCGCUCCACACCACCUGGGGGCCGUCAGGACAGUUUUAUAGUUAACCUGGGGCAGGGGGGCGGGUACUGGGAAACAGGACAUGCAUUCUUCAGAUUUAUGAAUGGGUAACUAGUCUCGUGGCUGCCGGGAAUACGUCAGGGGAGGUUUUCAUCAUUGUUUGGGGACUAACAGAGCAUAGAGGCUGCCUGGUCCUAAAGAUUAUUAAACAAUAUCUAUUAACUACAAAGCCCUUGAUGACAGAGAAGUGAUUUACCACACAGUAUACGGUCCUGGCUAGGGGGGUGGAAGGAGAGGAGGAACUGUAAAGGCCCUGAAGGCGUCAGUUGCACCGACAGCGAUAAAGGCCUGAGCUCUGGAGGCCGCCAGUGGAAGGGAUCAGGGCUAAGCGGUGUCUGCGUUUUGGUACAAGAAGGGAUAUGCUCAGACUCCUGCUCGUUCAGAUUCCAAGUCAGAAGGCAGAGGUUCAGCAGGGCGGAGGCCUGGAAAAGCGUGUCUCUCCUUCUCACGCUAAACGUGAACCUCUGUCAUCAGCCUGUACCUGGAAGUGGCUAUUUCAGAGCCACCCGGCCUCUCUUUGUCCCUUUGUCCACAAGCCAGUUUUCUCUGUGUGUUUCCCCACGUUGGCACUCCUCCAUCUACCCUUCAUUUGAUCCUGGUUCUAACUCCUGACCCAUUUUGAUUAAAGCAUUAUUGCUGUAUCCUCCAGGGCAGGACUAGGGAGAGAGGGGAGGUGUCACUCCUGACUGUGAGGGCCCCUUGCCUGCUCUCAUCCCAGCCCUCUGUGUCCCCAGGGAAGAUGGCUUGUCAGGGCAGUGCUGCUGUAGGGGAAGGGUGGGGCGGAGGGCAUGACCAAAGUACCAGUCACAUUAUUAAAUAUUUUGAUAAUGAAA